CCAAAAGCCAAUCCACGCGACCAGGGCGGAUGUGCGAGCCGUCCCCGCUUCUGCUCGGAAAUCGUCGGCUUCGUUGCCCUGCGUCCCGGACAGCCGCAAAUCGCAUCAUCCUGCGCUGGUUUGCCAUCGAGACGGCCAUAUCCCGCCGACGCCGUCCCUGAUCGAGGCUGCUGCGUAUCGACCUCGGCGACAAAGCCCAUCGGCUGUCGCUGCUCGACGACGGUGCCGCUUGCCUGCACCGCAACCCCUUGCCAGAGGCACCAUCUGUCUGCCUCCUGCCUCCUGUUCCUGCCUCCUGCUUCUUGUUCCUGCCUCCUGUUCGUUACCACGGCGCCGCUAUCUUCCUCCAUUUGCUCUGCGCAUCUGAUCCAUGUCUGGCUUCGAGGGCGCACGCUUUGCUCCAUCGCAACCCCCAUCGACGCCGUCCAAGCCCAGCUCCCUGGCAUCUCGCCAGUUGCCAAACCCGACGGAUCCAAAUCCCCCGAUGCCUCCGCCGGUACACCCAACUCAGUCGUGGAGAUUGUCUUCGGUCGACGACGAUGACGACGACGAGUCCAUGUUCGACGGCCCUGGCAACGGUCAGAGCAGCUCGCAACGAUCGUCAGACGGACCCUCGCCGAGCACACCAAAGCAACCGUCGACGCAUCGAGGCCCCGAGCGGCCUUCGUCUGGCGACUACACCUUCGGAUCCAGAAUCAGGUCGCCUGCCCGGAACGUCUCGACGCCCCGAAGGGCCGCUCGCGGGCGACUGCGAUCGGUGUCCAAUUCGUCGGGCCAUGUGUUGUUUCCCCCGAUCAAUAUGUCGAUGGUGGCCCAGGCUUCAGCCUUUGGCAACGGAGGCUCCAUAGCGAGAGACGACGACCUUGGUCUGCCUGCAGCUGCCUCGAUCGACAGCGAACCGAUACCAACCACCCCUCCGAUGGCUUCUCUGCACUACAUCGAGCGAGACGGUGGUCCGUCCGAAGACAUGGCCGUUGACGGCUGGUGGAGUGGCCAGAGCGGCGACGAGUCAUCGUUUGGCCCACCAAGGAGCAGCAACUCCCGGAAGGGACUGCGAAAGACGGGAAUGAAGAACCUCAGUCGCAUCACACAGCUGUUGGAGGACGAGAUGCGGCCGUUCGACACCGAAAUCGCAUACGAACGAGUUGUCACGGAGAAUAUCAAGACACAGGGGCAGCCGUUUCCGUCCAUCACUUCCCUUGCCCACCGGCCCAGCCUCGUCAACCUCGAUUCCGACGCGAGUGCGAACGACGACGGCACAGCCAUGUCCGAGGAGAUCUGUUUCUCUCCUCCGACGGUCUCGGUGCCUCCGCCAACGCUGUCGUCAAGCUCAUCGUUUUCAUAUGUGCAGCUCAAGAGCCCUUCAUCGCAGCCCGUACAGCCCUCCAGACUCAAUCCCGAAGCCAAUUUCAUUUCAAGCACCCGAAGCGCGUUUCUGGAGGGAGUGCCCUGCUCGCCAAAGACCAUGUCUCCGAUUAUUCCCUUUAGUGGAGUGCUGUCGCCCAAGCUCGACCGCAAGGGCAAGAGAAAGAUGAGCUGCGGCGACGAGCCCCGGUUCGAUCCCUACAAACGACAUCGAGUCACUGCCUCGCCGGUUGUUCGGAACAACACGCCGUCGCCACGCCUGAUUCACCAGCAUCUCGGGACGCCUCCGCCGAUGCUCCCGAUUCCGCUCGCUGGGAUUCUACCGAUGGCGUUGAACGGCAACGGGCCGCUCUUCCAGCGAUCCCCCUCGUGGAAUGGAACCGAAUCGGCCUUCCCGUCCACGCCCACGAAAGGCUCAAGUCAGAUGGGCGACGGCGACCUCAGGCUGAGCGAGUGCUCUGGCAACUCGGACGGCCGCAUGUCGAUCGGCAGUCAAACGUCGGGGUUUAUAACUGGCGGCAACGGCGACGCUGGUUUGCAAGUUGGCUCCGACAGCAUCAUGGGCGGGCCCGCGAGCGCCACGCCGUCGUUGGAAAGCCAGCCACUUUACCUGCAGCCAACCGCACAGCCAACGGGGCAAGUGCAGUUUGUUCUUGGCCUCAACAUCCAGGGCGCCCAAGGGGAGUUCAGCAAGAUGUCCAUCUCCAAAUAGCGCAGCGCCGCUGGGAAUGUCUCCAGAUCAAGGAGCAUGGCCGGCCGAUCCUGUUUCCCCACAUACCCUCCCCCUCUCGCCUCGCCUCUCAUCUUCACAGCUGGGCUGAGUGCACCUUCCGCGAUGUGAUGCCCCUGUUAUCGAUUGAUUGUCUCUGAACACGGCUGAUAUCGUGCAAUUCAGGACCAAAGCAGUGGCCGACAUCGCGCAUGGCCCGCAGAUCGUGGGGACAAUACAUUUGCACAUGCCGGCGUCCGUCUU